AUGGGGGACAAUAUUUGGGUCACAAAUAUUAACGAUGACAUGAACAGGUUUGAUAAACAAGCUGAAGCACAAGUUUGGAAAAACCUCUCUAUUUAUAAAGUACCACAAUAUAUGAAGACAGGUGACCCUCAUGGUGCGGCUUACAAGCCCCAAAUCGUCUCCAUUGGGCCUUACCAUUUUGGCGAAGAGCAUUUGAAGCCAAUGGAGGAACAUAAGCGUAGAGCUCUCCUUCACCUCCUUAAAGAGACAGAAAAAACAGUAUCAGAUUUCUUGAACUCAUUGAGAGACAUAUUACUAGAACUGAAGAACUCUUAUGAACAGCUCGACAGCAAUUGGACAGAUGAUAAAUUUCUGCAGCUGAUGGUUCUUGAUGGGUGUUUUGUUAUAGAGAUACUUCGUAAGAACUUUUCCAAUUAUGAUCUCAGCGACCCGAUUUUCAGCGAACAACGGCAACCAACUACUAUUGAAUAUAUUAAGAGAGACAUGUUGUUGAUGGAAAAUCAAUUACCUCUACUUGUUCUUGAGAAGUUUGUGGCCAUCAUCGCAAAGGCUACCGUGGGAGUCCAGAGUGACAUAAACAGUGACAUAAAGAGUCUUAUGUUGAAGUUUUACUUCCCAGCUGAUGAAACAAUGACAUAUACGGGUGAAGGUAAGCACAUGCUGGACGUAGUUCGGAAAAGUAUGGUACAAAGCCCAACCGUGAACAUAGUCACACAAGAAUUCAUAGGCACUAGCCAAUUCGGCUAUUGCUUAAUGAACAUAUGCCCGGUUGUAUACAAGUCAAAGAAAAUUGCGAACAGCAGUUACCAUGGAACCAACUCUAAGAAGACCAUAAGCAACAAUCGAUCCGCGAUGGUGCUAUCCCAGGCUGGAAUUAAUUUUGAAAGGGAGUCGACCUACAACCUCAAGGAUAUUACAUUCAAGAAUGUCAGUGGCAGCCUACAUCUCCCUACCAUCACCAUCGAACAUAAUUCUGAAUCUAUGUUUCUUAACUUUAUCGCAUUCGAGCAACUUCAUUUAGAGAAAAGCCGUUUCAUUAGUUCUUACUUUAUAUUUAUGUAUGGUCUCAUAACUUCAGCCAACGACGUUGGAUUACUUCGAGAUAAAGAAAUCAUCAAGAGCUCAAUCUCAUGCGACGACACCAUUCGGGAUAUCAUCACAAGGCUAGCUAAGGGCUUAUCAUUUGGCAAAGAUGAUAAUCUUUGUGAAAUACAACAAGAAUUGAAUGAUUACUAUAUGGGAUGA